CGGGGUCUCCCGCAAGCGGAUUCGAGCGAGGAGAGAAGAUGGCGUCCGAGGGACACUCGGAGGCUCCCAAGGCGGGGGAGCUGCCGUUGCCAGGAUACGGGGCCUGGUCGCCCAACGAGCUACAGGCCAAGCUAGCCGAGAUCGGGGCCCCGACUCAGGGUAGCCGUGAAGAGCUCCUGGAACGACUACAAACAUAUACUCUUCAGACGGGAAUUCUGCUUACCAGGCCUGUUCUAAGAGGAGAUGAUGGAGACAAUCCAGCCCCACCUCCCUUGCCAGGACCAGUCCAAGGCAUUCCUUUGCCCCCUCCUCCAAUGGGCAUGCCCCCGAUGCAGCCUCCCCCUCCCCCUCCUCCUGGCAUGGGCCUCAGCUUCCCCAUGGGUGUGGGACCCCCUCCACCGCCUCCCACUAUAGGCGCGCCUCUUCGCAUGCAGAUGGAUCCUUCCUCAUUGCCCGAAGAAGAGCGACUGAAGCUGGCUCAGCAACAGGCCGCCAUGUUGAUCCAACAGGAGGAGAGAGGCAAGCAGGCAGCUGUCCUAAUGGAGCAGGCGCGCCAGCAAGAGAUGUCAAAGCUAGCCCCUUCAGUACCUCGGACAGUUCCAGAUCUGCUCUCAAGACCUCAAGGCCACCCCAGACUAAACACCGCUUCCAGCUCUCCCAUGGGAAUAGCGAGCUCAAGACCCCGUGGCCCCCCACCUCCUCCGGGAGAAGACAGUCGGGAGAUCGAUGAUUCAGGGGUGGGCCCAAAAAUUCCUCAAGCCUUGGAAAAGAUCCUUCAGCUUAAGGAGAUCCGUCAGGAAGAGCUCACAUCUGUACCCGGCGCCACAGACGAUGACAUGGAGACUGAGCUGAGGGCGCUGGCUGGCAUCUCUGCCUCUGAUGCUGAAGACGACGCUUCGGCCCUGUCUAAGAAAGAGAAAAACCGCAAACGACGGAACCGGAAGAAAAAAAAGAAGCAAAACGCCCCUUCUAAAAGUAACCAGGUUCCCCAGGCUGGCAAAGGACACGGGGAAGAAUCGGGAAGCGAUGCUCCCCUGGAAAUCGAGUACGUGACCGAAGAGCCGGAAAUCUACGAUCCCAAUUUCAUCUUCUUCAAAAGGAUCUUUGAGGCAUUCAAGCUGACCGACGACGUUAAGAAGGACAAGGAGAAAGAACCGGAGAAAACCGACAAGUUGGCCGCUUCGGCUCUGCCGAAGAAAAAGGGGUUUGAGGAAGAACGGAAGGACAGCGACGACAGCUCCGACGAUGAGCAGGAAAAGAAGCCGGAAGUUCCCAAAUUGUCCAAGAAGAAACUGAGGCGGAUGAACCGUUUUACCGUGGCCGAGCUGAAGCAGCUGGUGGCCCGCCCCGAUGUGGUGGAGAUGCACGACGUGACGGCGCAGGAUCCCAAGCUGCUAGUCCACUUGAAGGCCACCCGCAACUCGGUCCCCGUGCCCCGCCACUGGUGUUUCAAACGCAAAUAUCUCCAGGGGAAGAGAGGCAUCGAGAAGCCGCCGUUUGAGCUGCCGGAAUUCAUUAAGCGCACCGGGAUCCAAGAGAUGAGGGAAGCCCUGCAGGAAAAGGAGGAACAAAAAACCAUGAAAUCCAAAAUGCGGGAGAAAGUCCGGCCGAAGAUGGGCAAAAUCGACAUCGAUUACCAGAAACUGCACGACGCCUUCUUCAAGUGGCAGACGAAGCCAAAGCUGACCAUUCACGGCGACUUGUACUACGAGGGCAAAGAGUUCGAGACACGUCUGAAGGAGAAAAAGCCGGGAGAUCUUUCAGAUGAGCUGCGCAUCGCCCUGGGGAUGCCCGUGGGGCCGAAUGCCCACAAAGUUCCUCCUCCAUGGCUGAUCGCCAUGCAGCGCUACGGCCCGCCACCUUCCUACCCCAACUUGAAAAUCCCGGGUUUGAAUUCUCCCAUCCCAGAGGGGUGCUCGUUUGGAUAUCACGCUGGGGGCUGGGGCAAACCACCUGUGGACGAGACAGGGAAGCCACUCUAUGGCGAUGUCUUUGGGACCAACGCUGCUGAAUUCCAGGUAAGUUUACAGCAAUAUUUCCUCCACCUUGGCAGUUGCAAGAUAGAUGAACUUCAACUCCCAGAAUUCCACAGCCAGCCAUGCCCUGUUGGCGGCCUAAUCACCCCAGGGGGCUUCUCUUCGGUGCCCGCCGGCAUGGAGACACCAGAGCUGAUUGAGCUGCGUAAGAAGAAGAUUGAGGAAGCCAUGGACGGAAGCGAGACGCCCCAACUAUUCACAGUUCUUCCAGAGAAGCGGAUGCCAACGGUUGGGGGUGCCAUGAUGGGAUCCACACAUAUCUAUGACAUGGCCACGGUCAUGAGCCGCAAAGGGCCGGUCCCCGAAAUCCAAGGGGUGGAAGUUGCCCUGGCGCCUGAGGAGUUGGAGCUCGAUCCCAUGGCCAUGACCCAGAAGUACGAGGAGCACGUGCGAGAACAGCAGGCUCAAGUGGAGAAGGAGGAUUUUAGCGACAUGGUGGCAGAGCACGCGGCCAAACAGAAGCAAAAGAAGCGGAAAGCACAGCCUCAGGACAGCCGAGCCGGAGCCAAGAAAUACAAGGAAUUCAAGUUCUGAAACACCCUCCUCUCUUUUUUUCCCUUCUUGUUUUUUUUUAAAACACCACCUCCGUCUCCCCGCCACCUACCCUAAAAUCUCCACUCUGUUUUUUUUUUGUUUCUUUUGCAUCUUUGUGGUUGGAGCUCAGAAACGGAUUGUUUUGUAAAUAAAAGUCAGAGAUUCUGGAAA